AUGUUGUACGUGCUUGUCUGUACAUUUAGUGAUGCUGAGGACUGGUUCUGCGAGUGCCCCCCAUUAUACACCGGACGGCUGUGCCAGCUCACCUCCUGUGAGCGCAACCCCUGCAGUCACGGAGCCACAUGCAUCCCGAAGUCACCAUUAGAGGCCGUUUGUCUGUGUCCCUAUGGAAGACAGGGUCUGCUGUGUGACCAAACCGUCAAUAUCACUCGUCCCAGAUUCAGUGGAAGUGAUGAGUUUGGUUACACCUCCUUCGUGGCUUAUUCCUCCAUCCCGAGCCUCAGUUUCUUCUACGAAUUCAAGCUGAAGUUUACGCUUGCAGACAGUUCCUCUGCCGUCAAAGACAACCUCAUGCUGUUUGCUGGACGUAAAGGACAAGGCAAUGAUGGGGACGACUUCCUUGUUUUGGGAUUAAAAAGCGGAAGACUUGUACACAGAUUCAACCUCGGAUCGGGGAUAGCAACCAUCGUUAGUGAUCGACUGAACCAUCAGAUCAACAUCCACACCGUCACGUUUGGAAGGUCUAAGAAAACAGGAUGGCUGAAGGUUGACGGCCAACGUAACAGGACAGGAUUGUCUCCAGGACCUCUGGUGGGCCUCAAUGUUUUCAACCAGCUCUUUGUAGGUGGAUAUAAUGAGUACACCCCUGAACUACUGCCACUUGGCUCCAGGUUCCGUCAUGGCUUUCAGGGGUGCAUUUUUGAUGUGCACUUUCGCACAAGGAGAGACGGAAAGUUCCAAGCGCUGGGACAACCUGCGGGUCAUCCAGCCUUUGGGCGCAGCGUGGGUCAGUGUGGCGUCACCCCUUGCGUUCACGUUAAGUGCAGGAACGGCGGGACGUGCGUGGAUUCUGGCUCAUCUGUGUAUUGCCAGUGCCCAUUUGGAUGGAAGGGAGCGCUCUGUUCCGAGACCGUGUCAGUGUGUGAUGUCGAGCACAGCCCCCCUCCUUUGUGCGCCCACGGCUCCACCUGCAUCCCUCUGCCGAAUGGAUAUACCUGCCAGUGCCCCCUGGGAACAGCAGGAGUCUACUGUGAGAAAGCUGUGACCAUCAGUGAUCCAUUCUUCAGUGCUAACCUCUCCUCCUGGAUGUCAUUCCCACCUAUGAGUAUAAGACACAGGACUGAUUUGCAAGUGCAGUUCCAGCCGUUAUCACCUGAUGGCAUCCUCGUCUACAUUGCGCAACAUCUCAGUGCCAGAGCUGGAGACUUCUUCUGCCUCUCACUGGCAUCUGGGUUUGUCCAGCUGCGAUACAAUCUUGGGGACGGCACCCACAUCCUGCAGUCCUCUGAACAAGUGGACUUAAGCGGCAGGACCUGGCUCACGGUUAAGGCUGGCCGAACUGGUAACCGAGGCUUCCUCAGUCUGGAUAACAAGGAAGUUAGAGAAAAUGUGACUGAAGGCAUGGCCACACUCGAUGUUGCUACUGACGUCUUCGUCGGAGGCGUGUCGACUCUGAGCUUUGUCUCCACGGAUGCAACUGAAGGGGAUCCUGUGAGCUUCACUGGUGGCCUGCGAGAGUUAACACUCAAUGAUCGAGAGUUUGAGUUAACAGAGAGGGGAGCUUUAAGUGGGGCCAACAUAGGUGACUGGGAUGGGACAGCCUGCGGGUACAAGACCAAGGUGGAGAUUUUUGGCUGUAAUGCACAGUAG